CUGCUGACAGCCACCUGACUGGACAUACUGCAAGUCAUAACUGUAGUUGGCUAUAUAAGAAUGCCUCUCUGACACAGUCCUGCAUCAUCCACAGGUGGUUAUACCUCAAACUUCACAUACCGACAUAGAAGCAGUCAUGAUGAAGCUGCUGCUGGUUGCUGCUGCUGUUCUGGCCGUGGCCAGCUGUGCCAGCAUCUCUCUGGAAGAACUGGAGUUUCACGCCUGGAAACUCAAGUUUGGAAGGUCAUACAGCUCUCCAUCAGAGGAGGCUCACCGCAGGCAAAUCUGGGUCAGCAACCGCAAACUGGUGCUGGUGCACAACAUCAUGGCCGAUGAGGGCAUCAAGUCCUAUCGCCUUGGCAUGACCUACUUCGCUGACAUGGAAAAUGAAGAGUACAAACGCCUGAUUUCCCAGGGCUGCCUGGGCUCCUUCAAUGCCUCUGUGUCUCGCCGUGGCUCUUCUUUCCUCCGGCUGCCUGGAGGAGCUGAUCUGCCUGAAAGUGUUGACUGGAGGGACAAGGGAUACGUCACUGAUGUCAAGGAUCAGAAGCAGUGCGGCUCCUGCUGGGCCUUCAGCGCAACUGGCUCGCUGGAGGGUCAGACCUUCAGGAAGACAGGGAAGCUGGUGUCUCUGAGCGAGCAGCAGCUGGUUGACUGCUCUGGCAAAUAUGGCAACAUGGGUUGCAUGGGAGGCCUGAUGGACUACGCCUUCCAGUACAUCCAAGACAACGGAGGGAUAGACACAGAGGACUCCUACCCUUAUGAAGCUGAGGAUGGUCAGUGCCGUUACAACCCUGCCACUAUUGGUGCCAAAUGCACAGGCUUCGUUGAUGUGAAACAAGGUGAUGAAGACGCCCUGAAGGAGGCUGUGGCCACCAUCGGACCUGUGUCUGUGGCCAUUGAUGCAUCUCAUGUGUCCUUCCAGCUCUAUGAAUCAGGAUUGUAUGAUGAGCCAGAGUGCAGCAGCUCAGAGUUGGACCAUGGUGUACUGGCCGUGGGUUACGGCAGUGACAAUGGACAUGACUACUGGGUGGUCAAGAACAGCUGGGGUCUAGGAUGGGGAGACAAUGGAUACAUCAUGAUGACCCGGAACAAACACAACCAGUGUGGCAUUGCUACUGCAUCCAGCUACCCCCUGGUCUGAGCAGGUGCAGGACUGGUGGAGGAGGAGAACAGUGACACAUUUCAUAAAGAAACUGAGUUAUGGAACAAAAUGUCCUUUUGUUGUCUGUGCCCUGGUGUACUUUUAAUAGAAUUACCUUUUUAUGAAGAUUGUAAAUAAAUGUAAAUAAAUAAAAUGUGUAAGGGAAGACACUACAGGUGAAUAGGGUAAACAUUGUAACUAAUAGAUAUCACCAUGAAACUUCCCUAGUUGAUUACUUACAUUAAGAAAAUUACUUUUUGUACUUUUGUAAGUUUUCUGAAAUUUUUGUUUAAAGAUGCAAACGAGGCAUUAUCUAAUGUUAACUUUUGGUGAAUUUAGGAGAAAUCUACAGACGCAAGUAGACAAAGUGUAGUAAAAUAAACACCUAAAUGUGUAUUUUGGCCGUUUUCUUUGCACUAGUCUAAAAGAAGACAUGCUAUGGAAGUAAAUUAGCCCAAAAUCUGCCUUUGCCUUUGGUGUCUCCCUUUAACAUUGAAAGAUAAAAAUAAACAUUUAUGUGUUUGUGA